AUGAAUGAUUUUUCUACAUUAGAAAAAACUAUAGUGCGCGAAUUAUCAUGUCGACUAUGUCUAUGCAACGACGUAAUAAAAUUAAAACCCCUAAGCGCUGAAACCAAGCGUAAGAUAAAAGGUCUUUUUAAUAUAGUGAUUCGAACCGAUGACAACCUUCCUAAAGCGAUAUGCCACGACUGUUUGCAACAAAUUAGCGCACUGCACCUAUAUACUGUGAAAGUUGAGAAAGCCCAGAAGUUCUUAAACUUUCAUAAAAUGAAAAGUGAACAAAGGGAAACCAUCGAGUUGAUAUCUGAAAAGAAACUGCACCCAAUAAUAAAAGCAUUAUCAUCGCAAAACGUUCAGAGCGAGAAGCAAACAAUGGCCGCUCCCAAAUCCAAAUCGAACACGUCCGAACGUCAACGAGGGGAGAUAGAUUCGGUAAAAUGUAAGGAAUCAAGAAAGAGAACUCGCUUGGAGAUGAAAUUUAUGGAAGCAAUGCCAUUAGAGGAAUUUGUAAAGACAGAACGCGUCGAUGCCUCCCUCCUAAUAAAUCCCGCAUCAAACGAAACGAAAAAUUCACAAGUAGCUGAAGUAUCGAGGAAAAUAAAUACGACGAAAGAUAAACCCGAAGUAAGCAUUGAUUGUGACACGCUAGAUUCUAUAGUUCUAGUAGAUGGUAGACCAGCGAAACAAGGUGCAGAUUUGGAUAAGCAGAUAUCACUUUUCUACAAAAUGGAAUGUUGCAUUUGCCACGGAAAGGGAUUCGACUUUCGAUCCUUGAUGAGGCAUUAUAAGGAACGGCACGGUGUACCCGGUUACGUUACUUGUUGCGACAAGAAGUUUCACUAUUUUUAUCCAAAGAAAAUUAUUGAACACAUGGCGUAUCACCUUCAGCCGAACAUAUUUAUGUGUCCAAGCUGUCACUACAAUUUCCAAACUUCCCAAGAGUUAGUGGACCACGAAAGCAACGGCGGUCGGUCUGAAGGCAAGAUCGCGUGUCCACGAUGCACUGAACGGUAUCCCACGUACCGUGAGCUGGGCCAGCAUAUACUAUUGCAUCGAACCGAUAAAUCAGAAUGCGAUUACUGCGGAAAAUUGCUUAAACAUCACCACAGAAAGAAAACUGUUAGUCACAUGGAAGACUUGAUACUAUGUUCGCAGUGUCUACGAACAUUAAAAAAUAUCGAGAAACAGGACAAGGAAACAAAGGAAAAAUGGAAAAGCAAAUGCAGCGACACAAAGAAAUCGGAAAAAUAUCAAAGAUUUUAUAAAGCACUCGAAAUUUCCGGCGACGACGACGCGUCCACGGAG